AUGCUAUUUACUGAAUCAGAGGAAGCAUGCCCUCAUUGUUGGGAUGAAUCGGCUAUGCGACUUCCCGCUUCAAGUGUGGUCAAUAAGGAUGAGUGCGCCUAUUGUUGUCGCACAUGUUCGAUGAAUGAAGGAAUUUACGUAUGCAUGAACUGUUUCACUGGGAUCUGCGCUGAUCAUAUAAUGAAGCAUAGAUCCCUAUCCCCAACGCAUACUAUGUUUACACUGAUUAAGGAACUUCCAGAGAAAACGGAUAAUGAGGAGGUGAAGUCCACAUCCCAACUCGGUGUUAUAAAAGAGAAGGAGUACUCAUACACGGUUUGUUGUGGCGCAUGCAAGUUGAAGUUGAGUAGUAUUCCUGAGCUAGCUGUGGAUAGCUACCAUGGGAUCACUCAGGCUUCUCUGCCGGGUGCCCAGGAUGCCGUGAGCGAUACCCAAAAUGCUGGUUUCCUCAAACCGCAAUGCCCCCAUUUGGUAUGCCUGGAGCAGAUGACGAGCCCAUAUCCCGAGGGUGUUUUCCCUUCAUCUGAGAGCACCUGCUCUGUGGAGCAAUGUGAUUGCAAACUUAACAACUGGAUGUGUGUAACGUGUGGUGCCGUCGGCUGCCCGCGGAGGGAGUCAGGUGGAAAAGGUCAUGCGCUUCAGCAUUACCAGAUCACCGGGCACCCCACUGUGGUCAAGCUUGGGACCAUCACCCCAGAUGGUGCGGACUACUACUGUUAUCUUUGUGAUGAUGAUGUUUCUGACGUGCACUUUGUCACUCACAUGAGACAUUUUAAUAUUGACGUAGCAUUGUCGAAGAAGACAGCAAAGACAAUGGGAGAGAUAGAGUACGAUUACUCUAUGCAGUGGAACUUUAAGCAAAUUAUGGAGGACGGGGCGGAACUGGUGCCUUUAUACGGUCCAGGACGCACCGGUAUAUACAACAUCGGUAACACGUGUUAUAUCGCAUCCGUGCUGCAGUGCCUCAUGAGCUUAGAAGCAUUUCGAGACGCGUUUUAUUCUAGUCGUUCUUGCCUCCAUCAAGACCAUUGCUGGAUCGAUCCGUACGCCUGUCGGACUUGUCAAACUGAGCGGAUAGCCUCAGGCUUGCUCUCCGGGGAGUUCAGUAAGGCUGAUGAAGAGAAUAAAGGUAUUAGCCCACGCUUAUUUAAGAAAGUGUAUGCUGCAAAUCAUCCGGAUUUUUCAACAUGUCUGCAACAGGACGCACAAGAGUACUGCUUGUACCUUCUAGAGGAAAUGAAGCGCCACACAAAACCAGUUAAUCAACAUUUAACCUCAUUAAAUCCGACUGAGAUUUUUGAGAUAUUGAUGGAGCAACGCCUAGAAUGUACCCAAUGCCAUCGGGUACGGUAUACCCUAAAUAAAGAGAAGUGUCUUUCGUUACCUAUCCCUAUUACGAAUAAUGUCUGUAUGACUAGCUUGACGCCGGAGGAAAAAGAAGCCCAGAUACCGUGCUGUUCACUUGAGGACUGUCUCCAAAGCAUGGCAAGCCCAAACAUGGUUGAAUGCAAGUGUGAGACCUGUGGGGGGGACGUCGUUUGCAAGAUUACUACCAGAAUACAUAGUUUUCCUGAUGUCUUGCUCGUGCACCUGCGUCGUGUUAACUUUGACAUGAAAACAUUCACGACCAAUAAAAUGGAUGUUUACGUCGAUGUACCAGAAAAAAUUAGCUUAGAGGCUUAUCGGGCGCAUGGAUUGCAAAAUGGCGAGGUUGAGAUGCCUAAGGACUCUAGCAAUAUCCAGAAUAAGUCGUCAGAGGAGCUUGACAUCACCGACGUGGAUGAGAUAGCGCUUGCGACCAUCAUGAGCAUGGACAUUGAGCCUGACAUUGCAAAAUACGCACUUAAGCAAACCAAUAUGAAUGUGGAGCGCGCACUGGACUACAUCUUUAGUCACCCGAAUAUCCAACACGAGGCAUCCGCUGCCGGUGCUCAACACGAGAAUCCAACGGACUCUUCCUUUCCGGAAGCUGCAGUAUUGCGGCCAUCUGUCGCGACGGAUGGGGUGCCAUCUUACAAGCUAAAAGCUAUGAUUAGCCACAUGGGUGCUGAUUCAAAAUCAGGGCAUUACGUUUGUCACGUUCAAGACUCAGAUACUUCUCAGUGGGUACUGUUUAAUGAUGAGAAGGUGGGUGUUUCUAGAAAGCCCCCAUUUUCUCUGGCGAUGAUGUAUUUCUAUGUUCGGCAGUAG